AUGUAUGACAACAUGUCCACAAUGGUGUACAUAAAGGAAGACAAGCUGGAGAAACUGACGCAGGAUGAAAUUAUUUCUAAGACCAAACAAGUAAUUCAGGGGCUGGAGGCUCUGAAGAAUGAGCAUAAUUCCAUUUUACAAAGCUUACUUGAGACACUGAAGUGUUUGAAGAAAGAUGAUGAAAGUAACCUGGUGGAAGAAAAAUCCAACAUGAUUCGGAAGUCGCUGGAGAUGCUGGAACUUGGCCUGAGUGAGGCGCAGGUGAUGAUGGCGCUAUCCAGUCACCUGAACGCCGUGGAGUCAGAGAAGCAGAAGCUGCGUGCCCAGGUGCGCCGUCUGUGCCAGGAGAACCAGUGGCUGCGGGACGAGUUGGCCAACACGCAGCAGAAGCUGCAGAAAAGUGAGCAGUCGGUGGCCCAGCUGGAGGAGGAGAAGAAGCAUCUGGAAUUCAUGAACCAGUUAAAGAAGUAUGACGACGAUGUCUCUCCCUCCGAGGACAGAGAUUCCGACUCCAACAAAGAGCCACUGGAUGACCUUUUCCCGAAUGACGAGGAUGACCCCGGCCAAGGCAUCCAGCAGCAACAUAGCAGCGCGGCUGCCGCAGCACAGCAGGGCGGCUACGAGAUCCCCGCCAGGCUGCGGACCCUGCACAACCUCGUCAUCCAGUAUGCAUCUCAGGGCCGCUACGAAGUCGCUGUGCCCCUUUGCAAACAGGCCCUGGAGGACCUGGAGAAGACCUCGGGCCAUGACCACCCCGAUGUGGCCACCAUGCUGAAUAUACUGGCCCUGGUGUACAGGGAUCAGAAUAAAUAUAAGGAUGCAGCCAAUCUACUGAAUGAUGCCCUGGCUAUCCGCGAGAAGACAUUGGGCAAAGACCACCCUGCGGUGGCAGCGACGCUUAACAACCUUGCGGUGCUCUAUGGCAAGAGAGGGAAGUACAAGGAGGCUGAGCCGCUGUGCAAGAGGGCUCUGGAGAUCCGAGAAAAGGUUCUGGGCAAGGACCACCCUGAUGUUGCCAAGCAGUUGAAUAACCUGGCUCUGCUGUGUCAGAACCAGGGCAAGUAUGAGGAGGUGGAGCAAUACUACCAGCGGGCUCUGGACAUCUACCAGACGAGGCUGGGGCCCGAUGACCCCAACGUAGCCAAGACCAAGAACAACCUGGCAUCCUGCUACCUGAAGCAAGGCAAAUUCAAGCAAGCUGAAACGCUCUACAAAGAGAUUCUCACUCGUGCCCACGAACGGGAGUUUGGCUCUGUAGACGAUGAAAACAAACCCAUUUGGAUGCAUGCUGAAGAACGAGAAGAAUGCAAAGGAAAGCAGAGGGACGGGUCAUCUUUUGGCGAGUACGGCGGCUGGUACAAAGCCUGCAAAGUUGACAGUCCAACCGUCACCACGACUUUGAAAAACCUCGGUGCACUCUACAGACGCCAGGGCAAGUUUGAAGCCGCGGAGACGCUGGAGGAAGCUGCCAUGCGGUCACGCAAACAGGGUCUUGACACUGCUCACAAGCAGAGAGUGGCUGAGGUGCUCAAUGACCCUGAGAGCUCGGAGAAGAGGCGUAGCCGGGAGAGCCUCCACUCGGACGUGGUCAAGUACGAGAGCGGGCCUGACGGCGGCGAGGAAGACGGCACGGGAUCUUUAAAGCGCAGUGGUUCCUUUAGCAAGCUCCGGGCUUCCAUUAGGCGUAGCAGCGAGAAGCUGGUCAGGAAGCUGAAGGGAGGAGGCUCGCGGGAGAGUGAGCCCAAGAACCCCGGCCUGAAGCGGGCCAGCUCUCUGAACAUUCUUAACGUGGGUGGCAAGGCAGCCGAAGACCACUUCCAAGGCGUCACUAGGGGACCUGCUUUCGGUGGAAAACGACAGCAGCAGCAGUGGCCUGGAAGACGCCGGCUAUAA